AUGGGAGGAUUUGAAGGUCAUCUGUACCCAGGGCUGUCUUUUUUCCUCUAUGGACUUUACCAUGCAGUACUCCUCUCCAGGGCUUUGAUACACAACUGCCCUGUCCAGUAUCCAUCAUGCCAUCCUUGGAAGAAAGGAAGAUGGGCAUGGCUGAGGCAAAUGUACUAUAUUGGCUUCCUGAAGAUGCUGAGCGCCUGCAUUGCAGUAGCUCAAGAGCUCCAUAGCAUUCAGGGACGGCUGGUACUUAUCAGCAAGGUAUAUCAUCAGAGAAACUUUAUGUACCGCAAACAGUGGCAGCAUCUUACUCUCUACAUGACGUUUUUUCUGAGUGGAUGUUUAGACGUGGUGAGUCAAAACCUGCUGCCUCACAGGUGCGCCGCACUAGAGCAAGGUGCCCAAGCCCUGGGCACAUUUAUAAACCUGCCUCUGAUGCUGUCUCACAUGCAGGACACAGAAGGAGUGGAGCUGCAGUCUCACAUGCUGCUCACUCAGGCCAUGUUCCUGCUGACCCUGGUGGUGACCACAGAGCUGUGGGCUCCCAGCGAUACACUAAUCUGGAUGAUGAAAGCCUUUUUGUAUAUGAUCAUAGGCUCUUGGCUGAUGCAAAUAGGCUUUAUGCUGUACAAACCCAUCUCGGGCUACAAAUGGAUGGAUGAUGACAAAAAUGACAUAGAGUUCACCACCACUUUCUUCUGCUGGCAUGUGUUGUUUAAUGCCAUUUUGAUGAUCUGGAUCUAUAGCUUCUCUUUUGUGUGGCAUCGCUAUAUUUUUGUCAAUGCCUGA